ACCGAAGACUAGUGCUUCGGUCUCAGUCCAAUUUCCAUUGGCUGUGCUCUACACAUCUCUUCAAUCGUUCUCGUGAUUAUGUGAGCUGGUGGUUGUGCAUGCUCGGUUAAGAGUAGCAGCAGGACUGAAGUGAUCAGUAGUUAUCGGAUGAGAAUCAUGAAGAACGUCAGUUCGGUUGAUGCCAUGAGCAUUCCUGGCAUGCCAUCGUCAAUUCUACCGAUAUCACUCUUCAGGCUUCUGAACCAUGCAGAUUGUUCCCAACUUCAGCAAUUUCUGAAUUCUUGAACAAACAGAGCUUUGAUGCUCUGGACAUGUUUGCAUCUAAGGACACUGGCCGUGAUGGAGGACGGAAAACCUAGAGGCUGCAGAUUCACAGCCGCCUUCGUCAAACAUCUGCAAGUCGGGGAGGUUUUCUUCUGCCAUUUGGUGCACUAUAUAGAUUCUACUGAAAAUGUGGAUAUCCUGAUCGAAUAAAUUCAUAUUCAGACUUCUCAUGCACACUAGCGUGAGGCAGAAGAUCUUUUCCAU